GUUUGACCAUCGUCUCCAUCAUCAUCAUCUUUCGAUCGUCCUCCAACUCGGUCACAUUCAUGGUCCUGUCGAUCCGGCUAAAUGCUGUGGAGGUCUGAACCAUGAUACAGUAGUAUCGACAUAUACACGAAUAUACGCUUCAUGCUCUCCGGUCAUCGACGUCUGCAAUAUACUAUCCGCAUUUAGUAGCCUAGAACUCGUUGCUGCGCGAUGAACUCUUCACCUGCCCUUCUUCAAUCCACAUGGACGUUCACUCAGGGCUUCAUCCUUGGUCAAGCCUCCUUUUUACUCAUUAUCCUCCUGUUCAUCCGGUAUGUCGUGUUCUCACCGGCUGAAGCUGGUGACAAUGAAUCGUGGAAAAAGAGACUCGCGGCGGAGAGAUUGAAGCGGAGCAAGCUUUCGACGACUGGUGUUCCGCCUCCGCCAACGAGACAGAUCUUGUCGAAAACGAAUUAUGAUAUGGCUACUCAUCCUGCCGAAUCAGCAGGAUGGAUGAACGUUCUGCUAUCACAGAUUCUACAAGGCUAUCGCAAUGAUCUACUUGCCGAGAGCGGUGAAGAGGGUGCGAGAUUCAGGAUCGAAAAAUGGUUGAAUCCUGAUAACGGUAAAAUGUUAUGGCUGGACCCGAUUCAAGUGACUAGCUUAUCUCUUGGAGAGUCUUAUCCGUUAUUAUCCAAUGCAAGAAUAAGACCAGCGGAUGGACAAGGCAGAGUCCGCGCAGAGAUAGAUUUGGACUACCUGGACUCAUUAUCACUGUCAUUGUCCACGUCUGUGCUCAUCAAUUUCCCCGCUCCUCGUUUUGCUGUCCUUCCUGUUUCACUUGGUGUCGAGCUCGUGGGCAUCGGCGGGACCCUCAGCGUCCAGAUUCAUGAACCAGAAGGCGAAAGACAACAUAUACAUCUGUCUUUAUUACCGGACUUCCAUCUCAAUCUCAAGACGACCACCUUACUGGGAAGUAGGGCCAAACUACAGGACGUGCCCAAGCUCGAGCAGCUCAUCGUCUCUCGAAUCCGCGGCGUGAUCCAGGAUCGUCUCGUGCACCCUCAUCAUCUCACUCUCGCUCUCCCUCGUAUCCUUUCUCCCUCGGUGUCACCUACACCCAUCCUUGAAGACCUAGGUGAACAUUCCAUGCAGGAUGUCGCCGAUGCCGUCCAAGGGGCCAUAGAGAAAGGCCUCAAUAGCCUCUUGGUACCCUCCACUUCGAUGGAUUCCGUCACGGCAGUGUUUGAUACGCCAGCGCCGAAUCCCGAUGCACCAGUGCCUGGAACGUUGGACACGUCUCCAGUCCCACCACCGAGGAUCGUCACUGAACAUGUUGAAGAUGAGACUCCGUCCAAAGUCUUGACGAGUCAAUCGAGUAUGAUGGACUCGAGUCCACGGAUCACUCAGCGAAAAAUCACAAUGCCAUCUGAUUUUCCCUUUCCACGAUCCGCUAGCGCUUCGGGCCCAUCCCUGGUCUCUGACAGCUUCCAGGGACGUCCAGAAUCCAUCGCUUCGACGUCUCGAGGUGCCGUGGCGCCAAUCACUCCAUCUCACUCGCGAGUCGCGUCGAGAUCGAAUGCUGCUGUACCCAAACAGCUCUCUCCAUCAGGAACCAUGGCAUCGAGGUAUCACUCGGCCGCACCGUCUAUCUCCAACUCGUACAGAGGUCAAGGAAGUACGACUUCAGGAGGGUUCACAGGAUCUUUCUCGGCGGCAGGUUCCACGAGCGGUAAUGGACUGUCACAUCGACCACCACAUCCUUCCUCCUCGCAAUCCGCUCGAGGUCCCGAUUCCAUGACGAAUGGAAUUUCGGUUCAUGGAGGACCUUCGAGACCUGGGAUAGCCCACGUCACGUCCCUGAGAGGUGUUCGAGAGAGUCCGUCAGAAUAUGAUGGAGUCGGAGUUGGAUUUGGUGCAGGCUCUCACGCCACAUCCUCCUCGUCUUCUAACCGGUUCACGGACGAUCAACCGAGACGUUAUGUCUCGAGUCAGAGUGUUUCGGGAUCACAGGCUGGUUUCAGGUUUCGCGGACAAUUUGCAAGUCGUCCAGAAUCGGUGCAAUCCGCUCGAGAGUCGGCAAUGGGCUCACAACGAAGUGGACCAUUGAACGCCAGGCCGGGAGACUAGGCAAAAUGCGAGCGACAGUGACAAUGAUGCAUGGCCGCGCU